ACGGCAGUCCGUCGAACUCAGAGGGGGUGCGCUCGUCCUGCGUCCAGUUGUUCGAAUUCCUCUCUUUUAUUCUUUUUAUUUUUUCGGAAAACCCCCUCAAGUUUUAGGUAAUUUUGUCUUCCGCUUUCUCGUCUAUUUCUUGUGCCCUGUAUCCCCUGCAGCGCCCACUUUGCUCCCUCAACCUUCUUCCCAGGGAUGGAAACCCUAGAGGCCACCGAGCCCAUGUCCGGCGAGUCGCUGGCCCAACCCCAAAGCUCGGGUUCUCCCCAACCGCCACCGGCUCCAUCCGAGCGGCGACUCCCCGAAUCUAGGCAUCUUCCGGACGCUUCUGGAGACGGCGCCUCCGUGGCGGUGAACUCGGCUCCGGUAACCCCCUCUGGAACCGAAGCUAAGGCUGAUGUGGAUGUGCAUUUUGGAAACGGGGGGAUGGGUCUAGGAUCGGUAACCGGCGGGUCACCGGAAGGAAUCCCUUUCGCCGUCGGCGAUCUCGUGUGGGGGAAGACCAAGAACCAUCCCUGGUGGCCGGCGCUGGUUUCCGAUCCCUCCAGCGCGCCCAUCGAUGCCAAGAAGGCCCACCUCAGCGACGUCUCCCUCCUGCUGGUCUACUGCUUCGGCAGCGGUGCCUUCGCCUGGUGCGAGCCAGCACAGCUGAAGCCCUUCGUCGAGGACUUCCAUCGCAUGACGAGGCAGAGCAGCUCUAAGAGCUUCGUCGCAGCCGUCGAGGGCGCCUUGGAUGAGAUCAGGCGCCGCCUCCAGUUGGAGCUCACUUGCGGCUGUGUUCCGCCGGAGGCCGGAGGGAAGACUGCCGAAUGUCCAGCCGGGAGACUUCCGGUCUCGAACUUUCAGCCUUUGGAGUUCCUCGAGCAUCUUCAAGACGUGGCUUGUGAUGUUACGAUGGCCGAUGUGUUACAAGUUGCAGCUUUGAGAAGUUGGGUGAUCGCUUUUGGGAAAGGAUGGACUGCUGGUUUGCCUGGGUACCACCCUCGCCGUGAGAUAAUGGAGCUGGUGGACAAGAUUGAUCUUGACGUGCCACCAGGAGACCUGGGCGAUGGCAAUGAGGAGGGAGAUGGCGAAUGUUGGAUCACCGGGAGCAGGGUCAGAAAAGGUCUCAAAACAUCAGAGGAUAACUUGCACAAGAGGCAGAAAAAAAGGAGCAUGGCUGCACUGAUCGCUGGGAUGGAGUUGGAUACAGUUGAGCUCAGCGAUGGUGAUGAAUUUACAGUGGAGGAGAAGGUAAAGGGUGUGAAGAACCAGAUGGUCAAGAAGGUGAAAGAUUUGGAUGCGGAUGAUUGUGGUGUUGAGGCCCAAGAAGAUACUGGCUCAGGUAGACGGGAGCGGAAGAAGAGCAAGUACUUGUCACCUCCUUACACUUGCUUGGGUGCAUAUACCAACACUCUUGACUCACCGAGUGGUGAGGUGAAGCCGCCUAGGAAGGCUGCUGAAGCAUCACGGUCUCUAAAUUCUGAUAUCUCAUCCUUAUUGAGGUGCGACUCGGAGGCCGUUGAGAAGGAAGAGGAUACUAGUAAUCCUGGUUUUGGAAUUGAGAGCACAUCUGUCAAUGACAUUCUUUUAGAAUUACUUUGCACGGCAAGAAAUCCACUUCAUUUAAAGUGGAACCGAUCGGCAAAGAUGAUUAAGAGCUUCUUCAUUAAAUACAGAAGCUCAAUGUACUCAAGUGGAUCUGACUUCCUAACCUACCAGAAGCACCAUAAUGAAUGCUGUCAGGUGAGUAUAGAAUCUCCAAACAAGCUAAUUGUCAAUAAGAGCUCUGAACUGGGAAAAUCUGAGGGGGGAUGGAAGGAUAAGAAAGAUGCUGCUGAUUUGCAAGUAGAGACAGGCCUAACCCCUGAUUCAAGAAGUUGUUCUGAACAAGGCAAGGCUGGGCGGAAGAGGAAGAUGAGAAAGAAUGAAGAUAACAAUGUAACACCAGCAGAUUUGGAUCCUCGGGUCAUAAACAUUCCAGUGGAAAGAAAAACAUAAAGAGCAAAGUUGUAGCUACUGGAGAAAGUGUAGUUCUGUGCCCUGAGCCUGUUUAUUGUAUGCAACCAGCUGAAGUUGGAAACAAGAUGAAUAAGAAGGGUAAGGGAGGCACUAAUGGGCAACAGGCUGUGGAACCUGGCCAUAAUCUUUCAGGGUGUUCUCAAAAUGGCAACUCUAAACUAAAGAGGAAGAAGAGCAAACGUGCAAAUGCUGAUGUACCUCUGGUUGAUUCGGUCAGGGGCAUCACAAAUACUUUGGAGAAAUUCAAAUCUAAGCACACAAGGAAAGAUGUGAAACUUGUUACAGUUACCCUGGAGCUCUUCUCUUGACUUUUGCCCCAGGAGUUCCUUUGCCCUCCCAAAGCGAACUAAUUUCUACUUUUCCCAAGUAUGGAGUUGUGAUAUAAUCAGAGACGGAGUUGCUAAAAGAGACCAGCUGUGUUUGUGUCUUGUUUGCCAAAAGCACUGAUGCAGAAAACUGGUGUCUCUGGGCCACCAUUUGCAAACUACCAUCUUCACUAUCUACCUCCAAUUGCAUGCUCUCCUCAUCCAAUACCUCCUCUUCCUUACAUAAGGGAGAGUCUUGAGAGGAUGAUAUCUACUCUGACUACUACGUCAGUGAAAGAGACAGGGGCAUCUGAUGCGAUGAAGCCUGCUGCAAGGGAAAAUUUAGUUGGAGGCAUGGAUGGCCUCCUGAAGAAGGUGAACAGGAUGCUAAACGGGGCUGCUUAUCAGAAUAUGGUUCUAACAUCUUUAGCUCAGGCAUCAGCGAUCGGCCGUGCUUUAUCAGGCUGUUGAAUGAUGACCUAUAAGUGGGAUCAGUACCACUUGCUUUAUUUAGGUCGCUGAAUGUAAGUGUAAUUGUUAUUAGUACCAUCAGUACCACCUGCUUGAUCUAGUUUGCUGAACAUUGACACGUUGACCUUAUGCAUAGCUUAGUUUAGAUCAUCUGUGUGCAUUAUAGACUAUUUCUUCUCACUGUUUUCUGCCAGAUACUGGAUAACCUCUUCCGCUUUGCA